UUAAAUCCGUUCAGUCGUUUUUGCGUCAUUGAGUAACAAACUCGAAAAACAUUCAUACUUCUCCAUAAACAAAGUAGAAUUAGGAUGUGGCCUUCUUCAGUGGCUAAGUUAUUAUUGGAAAUGAUAACAAUUUACUUAGAACACCUGUGAAUUGUAUUGUCAAUCAUGUAGGUGAAUUAUAAACAUCCUGCAUUUCUAAUGUUUCGGUUUAGUACAAAGUGAUCAGUCAGUCACAGAGAGGGAAGUAGAGCAAUUGGACAAGGUUGCACAUGCAAUUUGUAAUUGAGGGCGUAGUAAAGAUGGAGACUAUUAAAAUUUUAAUUCUAGCGAUGGCGUCUGUUAUGCAUAUAACACAGAGUAGACCACUUAAUGUUAAACACUCCACGAAAGGAAACUAUCAUUUCAGCAAAGGCAAUCCGUUGGAGUCGAUGAGCGCUUUCUUCUUUAAACUUAUCCCGGAACGCACUACAAGAACUGCUCAAAAGCGGCUAAACGCAUCACUUCCGGCUCACAAGGCCGUAAAAGCCGAUUUCGCAAUCGAAUCGGUCAAACCAAUGUUACACAACAAGGCAGAUUGUAAACACGCCGACUAUUUAACACAAUUUUCGCACUCCAUUAAUGUGCCCGUCAUGCAUCCAUUUGAGAAAUAUAAAAUCAUCGUAGUGACCGCGCCGCCGUACAUCAAGUUAAGUGCGAGGGACACCGACCCACUCGUUAUAUAUAUGAUUUUUAACGACACUACAGACGAUUCCGGGACACCGAGUAUGCCCGAAGUAUAUUUUUUAAACCAGCAAAAUGGACCGGUCGACGAUUCUACGAAAAAGAAGAAUGAUCAGAUUUGGAUAGUAAAUAACAAUCGCACCGUAACAGGAUUGAAGAGUAAAGACAUUACAAAGUUUGUAAGCUUCAGGAAAAAAAGAGGGAAACCACAGGCGUGGCGUCCCAUGGGUCCUUAUCCUUAA